AUGGCAGACCCCCUCAUAGGCGACUACCGCUUCGGCGGCCUCGAACGCCGCGCCUACGACGCCCUCCGCGGCGGCCCCGACGAAAAAUGGGCGUACCUCGUCUUCGCGCGCGGGAAGCACGCCGCAGAAGACCAGCGCAUAGCAGGGCACCCGCGCAGGAGGCACAAGUGGCGGAACAAUCCCUUUCUUGUCAUGAAAGAAUGGCGCGCGUUGGAUGAGCGCUCACGGCAUGAGCGGAUACGGGCCGCGAGAAGAGAUCCGAAUCGGCCGGAUGCAGUGGCGGUUGAAGUGGAGGUUGUAGAGGAGCCUGACUCGCCGGGGUCGAUCGAGGACUGGUCGGAUGUGAAUGAGACGUGGGCGCAGGAACUGGAGUACCGCUUUGUGAAGACGGUGUAUCAGCGGUAUUAUCGGGAGGAGAGUGCGCCUGACAAUGGUUUUUGGUCUGUUGUUCGGCUGUAUAGCGGUGUAGACGACACAGGCAGAGUCCGCGAUCGCGUCGUAGUCAAGGUCGCAGAUUGGGAGGUGCCGCUGAUUGAGCCGGACCCAAACGAUAGGAGCGCCUUCCGUAUUUACAGGGAGGUUGACAUGAUGAAACGCAAGUACCGGAGAGUCGACAGACUUCCAAAGUGCGAUCACAUACUCAAGCCGCGGUACUGGACCGAUAGUGCUUACGAGUACAGACCGACGGACGAGAAUGGGAAUGUGCGGACCACGCCUGACGGAGCCGAGGUGACGAGAGAGCGUCUGGGGAUCAGGUCGUACACGGAUUAUUGCGAGUUUGGGGACUUGUCUGACGUCCUGUUUGAGUAUUCGUGGGAGAACGACAAGCUUCAAGAUACUGACUCGAUGAAGAUACCAGAGGCUUUCAUCUGGCACGUUUUCCAUGCUAUCUCCAUCGCUCUGUACGUUCUAUAUACUAAGAAAGAGCAUAUGGAUGGAAAAGAGGAAGUAGAAGGCAAGAAAAAUAUUAACGGCUCUAAUAAGGGGGACGUUGACGGAUGGAUGAUACACCGCGAUAUAAAACCUCAUGUAAGUUGCAGCAUGGAUAUGCCAUCACACCUUUCUGUUUCCAAGCAUAUUAACGCCGUAACCAAGAACAUCUUCCUGAUGGCCCCCGCAAACCCCGACGAUUAUCCUCGACCGGUUCUUGCAGAUUUCGACUGUGCCACCAUGACGAAUUUUGGUAAUUAUCGAGGAGGAGGAACGAACGGCUAUAUCGCACCAAUUUUCUUCCUCCAGGAACAUUUCGAAGACGAUGGCUACCCCGAUGUAGACCCUAUAACAACCAAGACGGAUAUUUGGAGCCUCGCCGGCGUGAUCUGGGACUUGAUGAAUAGCAAACGUGGUUUCUUCUCUACUAGAGAUAAAGUCGGUCUAAAGUGGCUGCGGAGGAAGCUUCACGAAGCGAUCGCAAAUGAUGAUCCACACUUGGAUGACGAGUACCCAACCCAUGAUUAUAUGCAGAAGCACUUGGACCCCCGAGAUGAUCUUCCUGCGUAUACUAGCUGGCUUGAAGACCUUGUCAAGGACUGCUCGCGGUAA